CAGAGGCCAAACCCCGUGGCUGCGAUAAGGCCAUGUGAUGAGCCCCGCGUGCAUACGAAUGACGGUCUUGUCUCUCCGCCACUUCCACACUCCCUUCUUCUAUCUACCACAAUCUACAAACUACAAACAAACUACAAAUCUCCUCUUUUACUAUCAUAACUCUACAGCCAAAGAACUCCGGCAUAACCAUGAACAUCCUCCACUCCACCCUCUCCACCUGGCGCGACCGCCUCGCCCCCGUCUCACGCACCUCCACCUUCCGCGCCUCAGGCCAAAUCACUCCCGAAGAAUUCAUCCUCGCAGGCGACUACCUCGUCUACAAAUUCCCCUCCUGGUCCUGGUCCGAUGCCUCUUCCCCCGCGCAGCGCGUCUCCUACCUACCCCCGGGCAAACAGUUCCUAGUCACCCGUGGGGUGCCCUGCCAUCGGCGGCUGAAUGAGAACUUUGCGGGCGAUGCAGGCCACGAAGAUGAGAUUGUGCAGGAUAUGCUUGCGGCUGGUGGCGAUGGUGAUGGGGAUGAGGAUGGGUGGUUGAGGACAGGGGGUGGGAGGACUGUUGCGGAGUCGCAGGCGGAUAGGCUGAGGGAUGUGAGGACGGUGGAUGAGUCGGGGAAUUUGGGGGAGAGGGAGGAGGAAGAAGAGGAGGAGAUUCCGGAUAUGGAGGAUGAUGAUGAUGACGAGGAGGCUAUUAUUCGGGAGCCGGUUGGGGAGUCGAGCACUACUCAGCCAACCCGCACAUACAACCUCUACAUCACAUACUCCAACUUCUACCGCACCCCCCGCCUCUACCUCUCUGGCUACCUCUCCCCCUCUCAACCCCUCCCCCCACACCUGAUGAUGGAAGACAUCGUCGGUGACUACAAAGACAAAACCGUCACGCUGGAGGACUUCCCCUGGUUCGACGGCAAUGUGAAAAUGGCAUCCGUGCACCCCUGCCGCCACGCCUCCGUCAUGAAAACCCUCCUCGACCGCGCCGACGCAGCGCUCAAAAUCCGCCGCGACAAGUUGAAGCAGUCGCAGUCCUCAUCCGCCAAAGUUGACCGCGGUCUUGAAGGCCUGGUGGAUGAUACCAAGGGUCUAUCAUUGGAAUCUGAGCAAGCCAGAGAAGGCGGCGAUGAGUGGGAGAUGCUGCAGCAUGAUGAGGAAGAUCAGGUUGCUAUUCGGGUUGACCAGUACCUGGUUGUGUUCCUUAAGUUCGUGGCUAGUGUGACACCGGGGAUUGAGCAUGACUUCACGAUGGGUGUUUGAUUGCGCUGUGCUUGUUCGAUUGCAGCUGGAUCUUGAGUUGUUUCGAUAUUUACUGUCUUUAAUUGUCUAGGUGUUUUCGUAUUGGUUCAGGCGCGGUCAUACGGUUUUAUUAUGAUACUCUUAUGGUAUUGGCAUUAACUAAUAAGUGGAAAUUGUGUUGCUUGCUAAGAAGAAUGGAUAUUCUGGUGUGUAUAUGUAGAAUGGCAUUAAUCUUAUAGCUAUCUGUUCUAUCUAAGCCCAACUCGUCAUCCGUCAUAUAUUUGAACCACGAGAAAAAGGAAAAAAUCAUAAAAGAGAAAGGACAAAAAAGAACAGGUCGAAAAAGUAAGAAGGAAUGAAUAAGAAAGAAAACCAAAAGGAGUGAAGGAAAGUAAGAAGGAAAGUAAUGCAAGGUACAUAGAAUGUACGGCAC